CCCUCCAGCCUCCCGCUUCCGGCCCGAAGUCGGGGUCACGCCCCUCGCUGUCUUGCGCAGGCGUAGCAGUGCGUAAGUGGGGCUCCACCCCUCACUUGCCUUCUCAAAGGCUAUCAAGCCUGCGAACAUUGUCACGCCCCCUGGCGCAGAUUGGGCGGUGCUCCAAAGGGGGUGGGCCGGGAGCACAGAGGGCGGUGCUUGAGUGCGGAGUGACAGCACCUGUGGGAGAACCUCAGGACAAAACCUGUGCUGUGUCCGUGCUAACACCUUCACCAGGCUCAGUCAGGAUCCUCCCUGGGGGUGGAGAAGCCAGUCUGUUGCCUACCACAUGAGCCAUCGUCUGGGCAGACAUGGAACACUGCUGGGUCGUCGUCUUGGGGCUUGUCUUGUGGCUGAUGCCUCCCUGCCUGGAUCUGACACAUGAACUGGGACCCCAGCAGGAAUGGACAUACGUGGUACCACACCAAUGUUACUGGUUGUGCUUCAAAUUUGGGGAGUGUGGCUGCCAUUCAAAAACCCCCAACUGCUCCACCUGCCACCACACAGCUGGAGAAGCAUGUUACCAGAAGACCAUGGGGGACUUGAGGACAAAAGCUCUCUGGUGGUUGGGCGUGAACUCAGUGAGUGAGCAUGAGACAGUGUGGACGAAGCCAUCAGAAGUGACUCCCAAUCCCCUCCUGCACCAUUUUGAUUUCCACUGUGUGUCCUGUGCCAUGUUGGGGAAUUCUGGCCUCAGCAAUAUCAACCAAUUAUUCUACAUGGCUUUCAGGAUGAAUCAGGCCUCCAGACACAGCUCCGAGGCAGGGAUGAGGAACCAAAUCACAGGACCCUUCAUCUGUCCCAGGAAUGCCAGUCACCAGGGUUCCUGGGGGCAGCACUGGUUACUGCAGCUUGCAGAUCUGGUACCCCAAGUGACGAGAUUUUGGAAGACGUCUGAUUCCCUAGAGGUACAAGAUAGUAAAGAUGAGGCAAAGUGCGAGAGCCAGCCCUGAUAGUAAUAACUGCUGACUUCUGAGAGAGGCCCAGAAGUCAAAUUCUACACUUCUCAAGGCUCCUCGGCAGAGGUAGGUGGAGGGAGAAAGGUGUGGGGAAAGAAGAGGGUGGGAACCUUAGGUAAGACUCUCCAGGCAGGCAGGGAGGCACUGAUGUCGUCUCCCUGAGUGUGGUGGCCUGCUGGAGUCUGUCUGGGUACUCUGCCUACUGUGCUGUCGGAAGUCCUGCCUGCCUACAGCCGAGGCAGAGGCCAGUCACUGCUCCCUGGUCCACUCUGAUCUAGACACCCUGCUUCUUCCCCUCUGUAAGUAUGGAUGGAGGCCGGCCUGGACUUCUUCCCACACUCCAGGUGGGGUUGGAACUGCACCACAGUUUGCCUCCCAUGAAGGUGAAAGUUCUCUGAAUGCCAAAGCCACUUCCUUUCUCCAGCUGGAGAGAGGCACCGGGCCAAGCACAUAACAGACACUGAGCCUUGUUGCCUGCAUGAUGAGAGGGAAAGGGAAAUAGAAAGUGGAAUCUCCCAGAACAUACCUCUCUUUGAAGCUCAACCAUAAGCAUGCUGUCCGAGGACCCCCUCUGACUUCCUCUCCCAUCCUAGAAAACAGAUAUGGAUCCUGUUACCUGGGCUAUCCACAGCACCCCACCUCUGCCCCAAGGUCAGCUGGGGUCCCAGGGGUCUAUCUACUUGGCAGGUCCUAGGAGUGCUGAACUUGUCAUCCUACUUCUGGGGGUCUAGGCAACAUCUGAGGGACAGAAGCUCAGAGGUACCUGAGCUCAGACUGAAGCUCAAUAGGGCGUCGUUCCAGGGCUAGGGGAGGCUGAGGAGGACCCACAGCAGCACAAGGGCAGCAUCCUCUGUGAGGAACUUUUGUAUUUAACAUAAGGGUUCACAAUGGAUCUGUUUUGUGGCAGCCGUGGGCUAUGAGCCAAAGAUAUAAAAGGGAAGACAGUGUCUGCUCUUGGGAAAUGAGGUGAAGCUGGAGAUGUUCAGGUCUAGAAGCAGUCUCUCCCUCCCAUACUGAUGGGCAUGCCGACCUAAGGCAGCCAUAGCUAAGAAGGGCAAACACCUCUCCAAACACUUUCCCUGAAAACGGGCCUCAUGCCAGGAGCUAUCAAGAACCCUAACUUUGUAAAUUCAAAACCAAGCGCUCUAAGCGAGCUGCAAAGCUGUGAUCCCACUCCUGGGCAUGUCAAGAGCUGGUAAGCAUGACACAACUCCUGGACACCAGGGACUCUGGUUCACCCAAGGUGAACCUGAGACACUUGUCUGGGAGUGAGUGGAUCUGAACUAAGAACGCAGGCCCACUAUCCCUGAGAACACACUUACCUAUGUAGGAAUCCUUCUGAACAAGGGCAGACUAGGGCAGACAAGCCAGGAGGGCUCUGGAUUAGCUAGAGUGGCUGUCUCUAUACAGAAGAGUGCUGGGGUAUGCGCUACAGAGGGUGGAGUUAAGGCAAGUAAGGGCAGGAAGAAAAACAGGUAAACCUGCUG